AUGGACUUAAAUUAUAAGAAAGUGGAAGCUUUCAUGAAGGUAAAGAUUCCACAAGAAAUCGAAGAUGAGAUAUUAGCUGUUUAUGCGAAUUGUUCAAUGGAGCAUGAUAUGACAAUAAAGGAACUUGACUUUUAUUUUAGUGAGUUACAGCUGUCAAAAGAACUUCGGAAGAUGGUAUCCCCGUCAGAAUUGAGCAUACUGGAUACAGAUAUCAUAGAUUUUGAAAGGUUGUUGCAAUGCACAUACCAUCUAUUGAUUUUCAUGGAUAAUGAAGAGAUUAUAGAUGAAAUGUGGAGACUUUUGAUACAUGCCAGUGGUCGAGAUGUGUCGUUCCCACAAGUUCUUUUGAAAAACCAUGUUCUAAGUCUCAAGGAUGUCCAAAAGAUGUCCAACUCUGUUGGUGCAGAAUCUUCCGAUGGGAUUAUUGAGAUGGUUUCUUGCGCUACAUCGGGCAAAAGAGUUUACAUAACAUAUUUGGAUUUUGCUUAUAUAUUAGGUAAAUUGGGAUAUUUAAGGUUUUGA